AGCAGCUUUCUUUGAAAGAGCUCUAGAUGGUCUGAGCUGGGUGGCUAGUGAACGAACUGUACUAGAAAAACUUUUAGACUUGGAAAUUAGAAACCGAGAAGGUGGCAACACUAGUAUUCUAUUGUAUGAAACUGACAAUUUAACGCCAUCUUGCUUUGCAAUCACGUGGUGGGGUAAUGAAUGGACACUGGCAACAUUCGAUUCCAUAGUAUUUAGUAGUGUACUAUUUUCUACCAAGAAUACAUUAAAUGCCGCCUUCGUCACUAUAGCACUGUGGCAGAUAAUAAAAUACACGAUCACAUGGCUGGCCAUUAGGAAUGUAAGGGAGAAAAUAAAAGUAAAAGGUCUUUGAAUCGUAGACUAAAAUUGUUUGGAAUAUGGCUACCAUAAGAAAAAUAUCUUUUUAUUGUUACUUGUGCGAAUUUUUACUUACAUUACACAGAGGGACAACAAUAACGCUAAUUGGGUGCACAGAUUACAAAAGAUAUGUUUUAAAAUGUUACCCUUUUUUUAAUAUAAAAGAAAUCAAAAAUAUAUAUAGAAAUGAACGGACAAGCGACAUUAAACAAUAUGUGCGAAGACUUGACAAUAAUGUAUUAAGCAAAUAUUUCAUUAGCGAUGAUGAUUUAUAUAAGAAAUAUCUUAAUCGAUUUCUUAAUAAUAACAAAGAACAAAACGAAGAUAUGUCUGGGGAUUUUCCAUCAAUAAAUUCAUCGACAACUCCGCCACCCACUUCUCAAAAGGGUUAUUUUCACGAUUUUAUAGUAAGCCUCUGUAAAAUAAUAAUCAAUGAUCUGCCACCAUCAAGAAAUCGUAAAUUAUUAUCAAUAUUAAAAGUUAAUCUCAGACAUCCACGAUAUGAAAUACCUUUUCGACGUGCAUUGCGAAUUUUUUCAAAGACAAUCGAUAGAAUGACGAUUUUAAAAAGUGUAGCACUAAAACAGAAAGUUCGAGAAUUUUUAUCAUUUUUCAGAAACAAAAAACCAAGAAAGCGAGACUUUCUCGUAUUACUAAAUUCAAUCUUUAAUGUAUAUGAUAGUAACAAAAUGGACGAAUAUCUUUACAGCUUAAAAAAAUACGCUGUUAGGAAAAUCAGCAGUAUUAGACGUAAAACAGAAAUUGUAAUUCAAAAAGUUAUUAUUCAUGGAAUACAUAAACAACCAAAGUCAGUAAAAAAGGAAAUAAAUGCUAAAUUCCGAUUAGCGUUGAUAGAAUACUUGGAGGAACAUAAAACGUAAAACCACGUUGAUUAAUUUUGAAGCAAACGUUACAUUAUAACGACUGUGCCGAGCUACACGUGACUAUGUGACUAACGUUACAAUGAACAAUGGAAAAAAGAUUUUUAUCAUUACUUUUUUUGUGGUUGUACUUAAAAUUGUGUGUACAAAAGAAAAUGCUAUAAAUAUAAGGAGGAAUGACUUAGAUUCGUAUAGGUUAUUUUAUGAUUUUUUAAGUGAUUACGUUGAUUUAUUAAGAACUUCAUUUCCAGAAAAGAAACUUGUGGAAUAUUGUAGAAUUGUAAGUUCAUGUUUAAAUGGUUUGGACUAUAAGUACGGUAGAAAAUUUCAUAGAUAUGUUAAAAGACUAUGCAGAAGCCCUGUGCCUGAUAUAAAAGAAGAGAUAAUAUCCUAUCGAUACGUUUUAGAUCAAGAGCUACCCCAUCGAAUCGGUUUCCUUUCUACUAUGGACGAAUUAUUUUCAAUAGAUGAUAGAAUUAUGUUUAAGGAUUACAUAAAUGAUUUGAAAGAUUAUGGAUAUGGAGAUAAAUUGUACAUAUAUAAAGAAACUCAUAGAAUUAUUUACCAAGUAAUAUUAGAUAAUAUUACUAGCCGUAGUGCAAACCAUCAAAACAAACUAGCGUUAAAACUUAAAAGGGCUAUCAAAGAAUAUAACCAAUACACGUCUUAGUUUAAUGCGAUGCAAAUAAAUGAUAAAGGGUUACGAUUGUCUUACUUAUUGAAAACCUUGGAAAGAAAACUCAGUAAUUAAAGUCGUGAAGAACAAUUACUCAUGCCCAUAAACCAGAGACCAGAUGAGGCAAAGAUUAUAUAGACAGGUGAGGUUGAAGUACAAUCACUCCACUAUAUACCAUUGUAAGAGUUUUAUUAGAACCGAUGGAGCUCAAGAGGAUUUAGUUAUCUUAUUCUUCGAGUGUUAAUUAAGGUUCAACUUUAUAAUACUGAUUAGUCCUUCCCUUUAG